CUCUUCUCUGUCUUGGAGUCUUGCUCGGUUUAAAGGUUAAAGGUGUGCUGUGCAUUGUGUUUUAGCAGCAUGGCUGAAAUUGAAAGGACCAAAAGUCCUCAUGAUUUUCUGGAGGUCAUGGAGACUUCAGACAUAAAUCUCUCCCUGAUGUCUGAAACUGAAAAUCUCUCAGACGAUGUGAUUUUAAUUAGCCCCUUAUCCCCACCACUAGCCUCCCUUCCAGCACUGGAGCAACACCAGCUCUGGAUGGACACAGACUGUGAAGUAAGCAGUACUGACAAACCUUUUUCAGGGAAAGAUUCUGACAGUGUCAGGGAAACGGAUCCUCUGUAUGAAAGCGAGCUCAUCCCUAAAGAGUCACUGCAAAGGGCCAAAUUGGAGACACACAAGUGUUCAGAGUGCAGUAAAGUAUUUACGACCAUGUACGACCUCAACGUGCACUUGCUGACCCACCAACCGGAAGGAUCUCUUAUCUGUAAUAUCUCCCAGAAAGACUUUAAAUGCCAUGAUCAUCUGGAAAGUCACAUGCUGACUCACCAGAAGAGAAAGGAGCAUCAUUGCCCUUAUCCUGGCUGCCCGAAGAUGUAUUGUGGCUACCGCUCACUAAAACGACAUUAUACCAAGCAACAUGGUACACACCUCUUCCCUCCGUCCUCUCAGCCCAGCACCCUUAACACCCACUUAUGCACACCUAUGUGGGAGUCUUUAAAUCUUGGAAUGAAAGAUGGUGCAUUUACCUCCGCUGACUACCAGUCCUACAUUGCUCCACCCAAACCUCAUUCCAUUUUUCAGGUUGAAGGUUACACUGAUUGUGGAACCAGUUACAGCAAUUACACUUGGGCAUCGAAUCUCGGCUUAAGUCACAACACUGAGAAUCCCAUCCGGUCCCAAGUAAUCCUUCCUGUGGAUGCGCAAUCAUGGAGCCUUGCAGCAGAUGAUGUUUCCUGUAGUUUAAAAAGUGUAAUGGACUUGUCAGCAUCUCAUAAUACAGUGAUGUUAAACCAGUGGGCAUCAAACUCAAGUAUUGGGGGUAGUGCGGUGAACCCAGUAGAACCAAAAACUGUUCAUACUUGGGAACAUAACUGGGAUUUUUUAACACCAAACAUGGAAAGAGGCGACCAAACUUGCAAAGACGCACCAUCCAUCCAAUCUAGAAAGGAGGCAACUGGCACUGGAAUUAGAAUGGAUAUUCAGCCAUCUUGUGCUUGCAACAGACAGAAUCAACCCAUUUUGUUAAAGCCUAGUAUGCAAAAGCAUCAACCUCAAAAUAAGCAGAAGGCUUCUUUCAUACAUGGUGAAGGAUCAUGUGCAAAAUCUUCUAAAGUUGGAUCAUCAGCCUACCAGAUGGAACCCAUUAUUUCUUCUUUACUUCCUGCACCGAAGACCAAGAAGAAAAGAGUUCAGAAGAAGAGGACAUUGAAGCCUGACAAUAUUCUUACCCUUUUUCUACCUUCUCCUGAACCACACCCUCUUUACCUUGUUUCCCCCAGCCAGGUAGCCAUGGCAUCUUUUAGUAAAGAGAGUGCCAUCUCUGACACAUUCAAGGGAGGAAGCGCUACUGUAAUGACACAUGGUGGAAGAGAGUCUCUUGAAAGGCAUGCACAGUUCUCACCUACGUGUCCACAAGCUCCUCCAAUCUCCUGCAAGAUGAAUCAACAGUUAGCAAACUCAAUCUCCUUAACAAAGGAUGGGGGAGUGGACACGGCUGGUGAUGGCUACCAGGCGAACCAGGAAGUUCAGCUUUCCCCACUAGUUAUCCCAGUGUCUGUACCCGUCUCAAACAAAGAAACCUCAUUGAAAAAGACUGAGAAAAAGGAGAAUGUCAAAUAUCUGUCCAAGAUGUCUCGUCAACCCGGUCUUCUUAGAAGCUUGAUUACACCCAACCUGGUGGCAAGUGGUUUCCCAAGUCAGCUGCGUUCACCCACCUACCUUGCCGACCACCUACUAACCUUCAAUCCGCCUCCAUACACUCCCCCUCCCAUGCUAAGCCCUUUACGCCCAGGAACCGGGCUCUAUUUCAACACCCUACCCCAGUAUGAGUCCGACCGACCUCCGCCAAGCAUCUGUUCUGCUUCCCUCGACAAUAAAGACGAGAGCUGUUUAAUUUUGGAUAAUACAUUCGUCAGCAUAGAACCAAAGAUCAACGUGGGUUCACGUUUCCAGGCUGAGAUCCCUCCUUUGCGCAACCCUUUGCUUACCCUGUAUGAUGAUCAUCCUGCUCAGCUUGUCUGGGCUCCCUGGGGAGACCUGCCCACUAAUCCAGAGACACAACAGAAGGUUACAGAAUUCCUAGGCUUGUGCUGUUCCAGUGUGCUACCAGGUGGGGGCACAAACACUGAACUUGCUCUUCACUGUUUGCACGAAGUCCAAGGAGACAAUCUGGCUGCACUGGAUUUGCUCUUAGUUAGAGGAGAUUAUCGGACUUCUUGUCACCCACUAAGUGACUAUCACUACACAGGGUCUGACCACUGGACUGCUCAGGAGAUAAAAAUCUUCCAGAAAGCAAUGCUCAGUCAUACCAAGGAUUUUCAGUUAAUUCAUAAAGAGUUGCAGACCAAAUCGGUUGCCCAGUGUGUGGAGUAUUAUUACACCAUGAAUAAGCUGAAAAUGUUGAAGCAGGGGUGUAAAUCAAUUGAAAACGCUGAUCUAUCUCGAAAGAAUUAUGAGUCUCACAGUGCCACAGACCAGAAGACAGAUGAUAAAACUUCAGCCAGGAAAUCUUUAAACAUACCAAAGGGAAGGCUUGUAAGCCCCUCUGACAAAAAAUGGAAAUAUACCUGUAAGGAGUGUGGCAGGAGUUUUCAUAAGGCCAAAAGUCAUCGUGCUCAUAUGAAAACUCAUCAGGAGAAUAAAAGUUUUUAAUCAAGCUUGCACAGCUUUUCCCAAUUGGUCAAGGAGCAGACAGGUUCGAGGUCAGUUGGAGCCCUACCAAUGUUUCAAAGCUCUGUUCCCAUACGGACCAUCAGAAUAAAGGUUCGGUUUGAUCUCAGAGUGCGACUCCAAGCGCCUAAUAAUUAUAUCUGAGUUCCACCAAAUAGAUUCAUUUCAGAUGUUAAAUGGUUUUGAAUGUUUUGAGGUCAGUGUAAUACCACAUAUUACUUUAAAAACCCUUUGUUAUUAACACAAUAUGAACUGUUCAAAUGGAUGUUUUUUGUUCAAACAUUAACAUUUUUAAAAGGUAUAAAUCAAGAGGAAAAUACCCCCUGUUUAAUACAAAGUCCAUUAUUAUACGUUUGGUCAAGCAUUUUUCAUCUUGAGGAAAUUUUAAUGUUUGCAUUUUUCACUGAAACUAAC